CCGGCCGAGCGAUAGCAGGCCGCAGCUAGCACGCCACCUCCCCCCGCCUACAUAUACGAGGAGCCAUCAAUGGAGCAACAAGAAAAGAGCUCACCAUCCAAGCAGCAGCAGCAGCAAGAAGAGGAGGAGCUAGGAGUUCUCGGUCUCGCCGCAGAGCGAGUGAGCAAGGCAAGCGAGGAAAGCAAGGGAAGGAUCCAUGGCGUGCGCGGUGGCGCCGGGCUCGCCGGUCUUCUCGCCGUCCCGGCUCGGCCUGUUGGAGCAGCUGCAGCUCCACCACCACCACGGCUGCUCCAGCGGCGGCGCCUCCUUCCUCCCCUCCUCGCCGCUCCGCCCCUUCGCGCACCUCCGCGCGCGCAUCCACCCCGAGCCCUCCCCGUGCGCCGUCCCGCCGCCGCCCGCCGCCAAGGCCGCGGACCCUUCUUGUGCUGCUGUGACUGCUAAAGCUCCGGUCAAGCGCAGGCGCCCGGCGCCUCUGCUAGUGCCGGCCGCGGUCACCGUCGCGCCGGCGGUGCUGGAGGCCGCCGCGGCGAGCGGGGUGGACGAGAUGGCGGAGCAGGGCGAGGGCUUCGCGGCCUUCUGCCGGAGGGGCAAGGGCCGGAAGCGGGUCGAGAUGGAGGACCGCCACGUCGCCGCCGUCGCGCUCGGCGGGGACCGCGCGCAGGCCCUGUUCGGCGUGUUCGACGGCCACGGCGGGAAGAGCGCCGCGGAGUUCGCCGCGGACAACAUGCCGAGGAUCGUGGCGGAGGAGCUGGAGAGGUCGGCGCGCGGCGGAGGGGCAGGGCGCGCGGCGGUGGAGGGCGCCGUGCGGCGGGCGUACCUGCGCACCGACGAGGAGUUCUCCUCCACCUCCUCCAAGAACCGGGAGCAGGCGGGCGGCGGGGCCUGCUGCGUGACGGCGCUGCUCCGCGAGGGCGGGCGGCAGCUGGUGGUGUCCGGCGCCGGGGACUGCCGCGCGGUGCUGAGCCGCGGCGGCAGGGCGGAGGCGCUCACCGAGGACCACCGCGCGUCGCGGCAGGACGAGCGGGACCGGAUCGAGGCGCUGAAAGGCGGGCUGGUGCUCAACUGCCGCGGCGUAUGGCGGGUGCAGGGCUCGCUGGCCGUGACCCGGGGCAUCGGCGACGCGCACCUCAAGCCGUGGGUGGUGGCGGAGCCGGAGACUAGAACUGUGGACGUGGGCGCGGACUGCGAGCUGCUCAUCCUCGCCUCCGACGGGCUGUGGGACAAGGUGGGCAACCAGGAGGCCGUCGACGCCGCCGCCGCCUCCUCCGGCGACCUGCCCGCCGCGUGCCGCCGGCUCGUCGACAUGGCCGUGUCCAGGGGCUCCUCCGACGACAUCAGCGUCCUCGUCGUCCAGCUCCAGCGCCCUCUCCGAUAAAAUCGUAGUAGUAGUAGCAGUUUAAUUAACACGCGAGAAGAUAUGCAUCGGCGCCAUGGAUGAUCACCCUACGUGUAGAUAGAGAGCUUUUUGACGUCGUCUCGUCCCCGGCCGCUCGAUCCGGCUGCUGAUGUCUGUAACAAGAUCAUUAGAUCAAGCACUGUUAGUGCUAAUAAUCAUCACCCGGUUGAGAUUUCGAUCACCCUGGGACGGGAAAUCUUCUGAAAACAA